AUGGUAACUUUCCCUGAGCUUCGCGUCUCUCCUUCCUUUUUUUCUGGCGUCUCUGACGAGUCUCCAGGUCAUCACCUCGGCGUCGGUCGUGAUGUGUGGGCGCUGUCAUCCGAACAGAUUACUCGGUUCCUGCACGGGUUUUUCGUCUUCGAAGUAAUAUACACCCUCAGCAUUUCGACCCUCAAAGCCUCCUUCCUCUUCUUCUAUAUCCGCGUCUUCAACAUGGUGAGCAACACCUUCACGGCCGUGCUUUGGGCUACCCAGGCCUUCAAUAUUGCCUUCUGCAUUGCCUUCACGAUCGCCAACCUGGCCCAGUGUCAGCCCUUCAGCAAUGCCUGGAAGGCAUGGGACGGCAAGCACCCGGGUCAUUGUAUCAAUGUUUACGCCAUGUUCGUCAGCCACGCUGUCAUCAACAUCGCCCUUGAUGUAUGGUUGUUGAUAUUACCAACCACGCAAGUUCUGUGGCUUAACAUGAGGAAGAGACAGAAGGCGGAGAUUAUGUUCAUGUUUGGACUCGGGGCGGUCAUCGCGGUGUUUAGCGCUAUUCGACUAAAAGUCCUGGUGAGCUUAGAGGGCUUCAGAGAUCCCACAUGUAAGCAUUAA